AUGUCUAUCCAAUUGGGUCUGCCACCACUGGAUAUCUUCUUGUUUUCUCCUAAUCAACCUCAGAAGAUAGCCAGGUCAUUCUUCGCAUCUCCAGACACACCAAGAACAUUCCUUCGGCCAAUAUCUAUUAGUCCUACCACUUUCAAGAGCACCCUUGAUUUCCAGUUUGCCCUCACAUUCGCCAUUGGCUAUGUUAGCAUAGUCCUUUUUCUGAGCAAACUGAAUGCUAGCCGACAGCACAAACCCUGGGGAUUCAGCAAGACCUCCUUAUUCAAGACUCUGGUGGUAGCACACAACACCUUACUUGCAUUGUUCUCGGCAUGGAUGUUUUACGGAAUGUGUUACUCGCUAUACAAAUCUUGGCCAGUGGGAACGGCCAGAGAAGGAUCUGACUACUACGCUCAUGUGGCGCAGAUGUUAUGCGAAACGGAUUCGACUGCAAUUCGAGCCCCGGGAAACGUUAAAAGUCUAUGGGAAGAAGGAACCGCCUAUUUUGGCUGGUUCUUCUACAUGUCGAAAUUCUACGAAGUGCUUGAUACAAUGAUUAUCCUUGCGAGUGGGAAGAAAAGCUCCACUUUGCAGACAUACCAUCACGCCGGUAUAAUGUUCUGUACAUGGGCAUCGUUGAAAUAUGCAUCGCCAACAUAUCUGGUUGGUAUCGUGCUAAAUUCAGGUGUCCAUACAUUGAUGUACUCUUACUUUGCGAUUCAGUCGCUUGGUUUCUCCAUUCCCAUGAGUAUAAAGCGUUCUCUCACCAGUAUUCAAAUCGCUCAGUUCUUGGUGGGUAUGGUCUGGGGCUUCAGUUAUGUUGCCUUAAAAUACAACCUUGGCUUCGAUAUCACAGAACAGGCCAUGACCAAUGUAUCGGAUCAUGAGCCUCGACUGGCUCAUGGUGCCAUGGCGGGCGAACUUGGCGAUGGUAACAAAAGGAUCGCCGCGGAUACUGCGGUAUCCUGUUUGAGUGACAGUGGGGAAGCAUUGACAUUUGUUAUGACAACUGCUUAUAUACUUCCUCUGUUGUUUCUAUUUGUGCAAUUCUUUGUGAGAUCCUAUGUCAAGGUUGCGAAAUGA